AUCAAUUCAGAUUUCAGAACCGUCCGUGCUUAUAAAUUCCAAUAUCGAUAGCUUACCUAGUCGCUAGUCGGUUCCAUGGCGUGCGCCGCCAACCGAAGCCCCCGGCAACGAGAGGAUAUGGCAAACGCCGUGCUGCCGGACGAGAUGCUGAUGGAGGUGCUCCUGCGCCUGCCCGUCAAAUCGAUCCUCCGAUUCCGCGCCGUCUGCCGCAGCUGGGCCGCGCUGCUCUCCUCCGAGGAGUUCUGCGGCCUCCACAUGGCGAACAAGGCCGAGAGGGAGCCACCUGAGCCGCUGCUGCUGUACCUCUCCUCGACCCAGAUCUCCGCCUCCACAGGGCUGCGCUCCAGCAACGACGGCCUACUUCUCACCCUGAAAGGCGUCCGUGGCGAUUUCGCGGGCAUGACGCCCGUGCCGUGCCGCGGCCUCACGCUCCUCCACGACGCCCUCUCGGGGCGCUACUACCUCCUCAACGCCGCCACACGAGCAGUCGCCCAGCUGCCGCCGCCCUGCCAAAGCGCCGAAAACACGCUGCUUUCCACCACCGGUCUCGGGUUCGACGCCACGACGGGGCGUUACAAGGUGGUGAGGCUGUUCUCCGGGCAGCGGCUCGACGACAAGGACGGCAUCAAGCGCGAGGUGUACAGCCCUUCUGGGUCCGGUGCCGACGACCGCUGGAGGCCCGCUGCUGCUGGAGGCGCCUUGCCGUCGGCGUUCUGCGAGCUCGCCGUGGCCGCCAUGUUCAGGGCGUUACGGUGCAAACUGACGCCGGUGUUCGCGGACGGGUUCCUGCACUGGCUCAUCGAUCCAGCUGUUAGCUGUUUCGCCACGAGGCCGGAAGCGGCCGUGCUAUCCUUCUCUCUGGCAGACGAGACCUUCAGUUGGUUCGGGUCACCGCCCUUCGAUUUGGAAGGAGCGCACUUGGCGGAGCUUGAUGGCAGCUUGUGUAUGGUCCGGGACCUUCGUCGGGAUUGUGGCUUGCUGGAGAUCUGGAGGGUCAAGGACUACUACGCUGGCGACUGGUCGCUGGAGCAUCGGAUUGAUUUGGCGCGGCAUGCUGGAAAAGAUCUGGUUGAUCCGCAGAAUAUCAGAGUCGUUGGCAGUUGCAGAGCAGGGAAGAGACUCAUCUUUGCCACGUCCAGAUGCAAGAUUGUACCUCAGCUUGUGGCUGGAAAGCAUGUUGAAUGAUAUUACUUUCCAGCUUUGGAAGGACCUUGAACGGUUGUGUUCUUUUGUGAAAUUAGAGAGUAAGGAAGAUAGCUGUAACUGGGUUUUGACCGAAAGUGGUAUUUUUUCUGUGAAAUCUUUUUAUGAAGCUUUAAUAUCUCAGAAGUGUAAGUUCCCUUUUAGAGAGUUCUGAAGAGUUAAAUUACCUUUAAAAAUUAAAGUUUUCCUUUGGCUAAUGUUGAGGAAUAGUAUCCUAACUAGAGAUGUUUUAAUUCCUAAGGGAUGGCAUGGUCCCAAAGAAUGUGUAUUCUGUGGAGAUGAUGAGAGCAUUUCACAUCUCUUUUCUCGUUGUCUUGUAGCCAAAUUUAUUUGGAGGGUAGUCGCUUGUUCUUUUGGUUUUACUAGCCGUCCUUUGUUAGUUCAAUUAAUGAUUGGGUUGCUAUGUUUGCUGCCCCCAUUCGAAGUUUUAUUAUGAUAGGGGUAGCACCAUUAUGCUGGAGUGUGUGGAAGGCAAGAAAUGUUAUUUGCUUUCAAAGUAAAUUUCCUGGAGAACCAUCUAAUUUUGGUGUUAUCCAUGUGCUAUUGGAUGGAUUAUUGCCUUGCUGGGCUGGA